GGACUGCAUGCAUAGAUGGUGCCAAACAAGUGGACCAUGAAUUCAGUUCUGCACAAAUCGCCACCAAGGAGCUGGCUCGGGCUCAGAUUACGCCUCAAUGACAAGCCCGUCCAGGAGGAGGACUGGGUGGUGUGCCAGCACCCUGAGUGUCCCGAGCGCCGGAGGGCCUCUAAGGUGUGCCACCACCCAGACUGCCAAGACCUGAACAGCAAAAGCCCCCUUCACCUGUGUGAGUCAUGUGACUCACGCUUCCAUUCAGAGAACACAGACAACAUGCACUUUGACCGGCACCCCCGAUUUGACUUACAACCUCAAGCCUCCAUCCUGGCUCGAAACGUGUCCACGCGCUCCUGUCCCCCGCGCACCAGCCCCCCCUCCGACCUGGAGGAAGAGGAUGAGGGGAGCAACGACCGUGGGGAGCGUAAAACAGGGGGGAUGAAGUUGGUGAAAAAGAAGCCACGGAGACGACACACUGAUGACCCCAGCAAGGAGUGCUUCAGCCUCAAGUUCGAUCUCAACGUGGACAUAAACACAGAAAUUGUACCUGCAAUGAAAAAGAAAACACUGAGAGAGGUGCUGGGUCCGGUGUUUGAGAGGAACGGCAUCGAGCUGUCCCGGGUCGACUUGUUCCUGGAUCAGUCCAACACGCCGCUGUCCCUCAAUUUCGAGGCCUACCGUUUCGGAGGACACUACCUCAAAGUCAAAGCACGGGCAGGUGAUGAGCUGAAGGUGGAGCAGAGUGUGAAGGACAUGCGGUCUCUCAGUCUGCCCAACAUGAAGCCGUCAGCGGGUCAGAGCCCCUACAUCCUCAACCCGGGCACUGAGAAGGUGGAGCACGGAUCACUGGGACGCAAAGAAAGCAUAGAUCUGUUGGGACAGGCGCGGCGGAGGAAGAACAUGACUGAAUUCCUCGGGGAACCGAAUAUUCCCACCCCCGAUACUCUGGGACAGAUCGGCGGCUCUCUGCCCGGCAUCGGCGCGGGACCCGACAACUGGAAGAACCGCGCCGCCAGCCGCUUCAGUGGCUUCUUCGGCUCCAACACAGGACUCUUUGGCAAGGAGCUGGACCGUCUGGAGCAGCUCCAGAGCAAGCUGCACACCUACACGCAGUGUGGUUUUCCCAAGGUGCCGCGGCAGCUCUCCUUCCACCAGGACUCGUGGGAGGAGGAGAAGGUGGAGGAGACCAACCUGGUGAUGGAGGACAGUUGGCAGAAGCUGCUGGACAACUCGGAGACUGUACUGACAAGGCGACAGUUCCACCAGCAGGAGGCGAUAUGGGAGCUGCUGCACACAGAGGCCACAUACAUAAAGAAACUGAGAGUCAUCACUGAUCUGUUCCUGAGUGGGCUGCUGAACCUGCAGGAGAGCGGCCUGCUGACGGAGGUGGAGCCCUCCAAGAUGUUCAGCAACAUCCAGGAGAUCAUCUGCCUCCACACGUCCCUGUGGAACCAGGUCAUGCUGCCGGUCCUGGAGAAGGCGAGGCGGGCCCGGGCUCUGCUCGACCCCACAGACCUGCACCACGGCUUCAAGACGUUCGGCUCCAGGUUCCAGCCGUACAUCCGUUACUGUAUGGAGGAGGAGGGCUGCAUGGAGUACAUGCGAACACUUCUCAGGGACAACGAGCUCUUCAGGACCUACGUCACGUGGGCGGAGACUGAUAAGAAGUGUAACCGUCUGAAGCUGGCCGACAUGCUGGCAAAGCCUCACCAGAGACUCACCAAAUAUCCACUCCUGCUGAAGAGCAUACUCAAGAAGACGGACGAGCCGUCCGCACGAGACAUCGUCAACAGCAUGGUGGCUGCAGUCGAGGGCUUCAUCAACAGCGUGGACUCUCAGAUGCGACAGCGUCAGGAGCGACAGAAGCUGGCCACCAUCUCUGCCCGCAUUGACUCCUACGAGGCUGUAGAGGGCAGCAGUGAGGAGGUGGAGAAGAUCCUUAAGGAGUACAACCGCUUCGACCUGAUGGCUCCCAUGAGAGGAACGUCACCGGAGGAGACCCGACAGCUGCAUCUGGAGGGAGCGCUGAGGAUGAAAGAGGGCAAAGACAGUCGGAUGGACGUCCACUGUGUCCUCUUCACUGACCUGCUGCUGAUAACGAAGCCUGUGAAAAAAGUGGAGAAAAUCAAGAUCAUCCGGCAGCCUCUCCUCAUUCACAACGUCGUCUGUAAGGAGCUCAAAGACCCCGGCUCGUUCAUCCUCAUCUACCUCAACGAGUUCAAGAGUGCCGUGGCUGCCUACACUUUCCAAGCCAACAGCGCCACCCAGGGGCGAAGCUGGAUCGAUGCAAUCUGCAACGUCCAGAAUCAGCUCCAGAGGCUCCGCACUGAGGAGAUCCUCCGACAGAAGAACAGACUGAAGAGAUGUUCUGACCGACUGGAGGAAGAGGACGAGGAGGGAGAAGAGAGCAGCAACUCCACUGCCAGUUCCCCAUGUCUGACGCACAAAGUGCAGCCCAACUCAAGUCAAUCGGACGGCUCCACAGAGACUCUGUCAGUGAUGGACAUCGAUGAACCAGGAGGUCUUCAGCAACCUCCCGCCGCCAACAUGAACCUGCAGGGAGCCGAUAAAACGGACUCUGAUGAAUCUUCUCCCCUUUCUGAAAGCUCUGAGGUCCAACAGUCUCACAGAGUCCACUCCAACGUUUACUCGGAGACGGGGCCGGACGGCGAGGAGCUGGACCCCCAGUGUCGCUCCCUCUCCAUGGACAGCGCCUACGGGACCCUCUCCCCCGAGUCCCUCCUGAGAGAACUCCAGCCUCAGCCGGGUCAGAGCGAAGGAGAGGAGACGGAGGAGGAGGAAGACGGAGGAUUAGAGGAGGCUGAUGAGGAGAAGGAGGAUGAGGAGGAGGAGGAUGCGGCCUCGCUGGGGUCUCAACUGUCUGUAAUCCAGUCGUCUAAACCUCGGCGGCGGCCUCACGUUCAGCCCCGUCCUCACUGCCUCCAGAGGCUGUCCACUCUGACUUUAUCCCGCUCCGAGGACAACCUGCUGCAGCGUCUCUACGGAAAGACCUUCACCCACAAAUACUCACUCAGCGACGAGCCUCAGGACCAAUCAGAACACAGGGACACAAACUCGUCACCUCUCGUACACAGUAAAAGCAUGUUGGAGCUCGGGAAGAACUGCCUGGAGAUUUUCUCCAGCGACCUCGACCAGUCAGACGACAGCCUGAGUGUUAGCAUGCCCACUGACAAACUGUGUGCCACCCUGAGGAGGGCGGAGGCCAGACGGGGGCAAAGGGCAGCUGCAGGACCAACAGGGAGUAACACCAGCUCUGACGGGGAAACGGCUCCAUCUGGUGGGCUCGAUAGGAAAAAGGAGUCAACAGCCACCAGUGAUUCAGGGGAAAUGUCACCAAAGAAGAGGAAGUCACAGGCUCAGCAGCACAAGAAGCUAACGCUGGCUCAGCUGUACAGGAUACGCACCACUCUGGUCCUCAACUCCACCCUCACUGCAUCGGAGGUAUAACCGCUCCAGCUGACGGUGGAAAUAAAGGAACAACACUUGUUUUGCUUCGAUGGACUGAAAUAGUUGAGACACAAAUGCACUCUCUCUCUUGCGGCCCUCUCCCUUCCUGUUGGUGUUUUGGACACUGAUCGUACCACUUUUGCAUUUGGACAACAACAAUCCUAUUUUGUGCUGUUGCAUUGGUUUCUGAUUUUUUUUUUGGAUUGGAAGGGAGAGGCGGAGAGACACAGUAACUGCUUGCACUUUGCAACGGAAGUAGCAUAAAAGGAGGAGGAGGAGGAGGAGGAGGAGGAGCUGGGACUUUCUAAAUGUGGACCAUCCCUGCACUCUGAACCGGAGAGGAGCUGAAAUCUGCAUCCCCCUCCGAAACCUCAAAAACGAGGGACGCUAAGACUUGAAAACGCUCUCUCUACACGAGGAAAAAACAGCACCCGGGACUUCCUCCUAAUAUUUGUACUGCUCCCGGUUUUGCUUCAAGAAAAGAAAAAAAAAUUGCACAGUUAUCUUUGUUAAGUAGAAGAAUCACUAAAAAAAAGGAGUGAACUUACAUUAACAGUCACGAUGAAUUUGAGUUAAUUAUUGGUUUGUGUACAGACGUGUGUGUGUUUGAAUGUGAAUGUGUGAAUGAAUGGGAAAAAAAAAGGUCCUUUAAUUCCUGACUGAACCAAAACUGAUUCACCAUCUCCUGUGAGCAUGCUAGCACACCCAAAGAAUAAAGACCUACAGAGCAGAAAGAAGACAAAGUGCACCCAAAGACACAGACUGAUGCCCCUUGAUACGUGGAGCUACUAUAUCUGAAUAAUGACUGAAAACGGUUGCAUUAAGGUUUUUUGUGGGGGGAUUUUCCUGCACUAUUCACACCCUGGCAUGAGUGUAUUUUCUCUCCCGAGGCCCUAAAUGUUUCAAACCGCUCGCACAAAGUGUACAUGUCACACCCCCCCAGUCAGAGUAAAAAAGAACAAGUUUUGGAGCACGUUUUGCAUUUCUCGUCUUUCUUUGUGAUGGUGACACUAACAAGAGGUUGAACAAAAAAAACAAACAGUUUGGGUUGAUCGUUUGUACCGAAUGAAUCUGCAGAGCUGCUUUUUUCACCCAGGAGAUCGUAACAUUUCUCAGAUCAGUGAUUUCUCUCUUCCAAACAUCGGCAAACCAAAAUAGGUUAACUCUGUUUACUUCUUUAGUUUUUUUUGUUUAAGUGUAAUAUUUAUUAUGCCUGCUAUGUUUUAUAUAUAUAAGAUAUUGUUUAUAUUAUUUGCUUCCAUCAUCUGUACAUUCUUUUUUGUUGUCGAUGUAGUCUUAAUUAUUUUUGCCAGGCAUGAAUGUGCUAUGAACCAAAAUCAUGACUUUAAAAGUGUCUUACAGAAAUAAAAGAGGCUGAAAUACAUUACGGUCCCUCUUCUGAUGGUUUCAUCCGUUGUGCUGUGAGCGGAGUGUGAAUGAUAUUAAAAAAAAAAAAAAA